UGGCGUCUUCAUAAUCGAGCAGUCAUAAUUUCAUAUUAUCCCACAGGUUUGAGCAAUGAGCAGUAUUGGAAGUCAGUCUCAGUCCAACCGACCAGCCUUAUUCCCAGUGGAAUGGCCGCUGACCCAGAUCAAUGCAGGCAACAAAAGACAACCCAUAGCCCGCAACGAGCUAACACCCAAGCCCAAACGUAGAAAAGCAGAACACUCUAAUACCCUGACGCGCAACCAAUUGUCCAAAACAACCGCUGAACACUACACACAGACUGACAACAAACCAACCGCAAGGGAACUGGGAACUAAUGCCCAGUGUCAUAACCGAGGGACUUCCAUCAGUGACGUCAAAUACGAGCCCGCAACACCGACCGCUGUCCCUAAUAUUUUUAAAUCUCUCGAUCACGAUGAGGCAAGCUGGUUAGUGGAGGAGGUCAAUGAAGCGAACAAGAGUAUUUUUGGAGCAGAGAAAACGGCUGAGAAAUUAAAGGAAGGCGAUGAAGAGCUCGACAGAAAGAAAACAUCGCUGAGUGCUCUGAAGUAAGUUCGAGAGACUUUGUUAAUAUUAAAGACUGGUUUACACUAUCAAAGUUUCUGUGAUCACAGUAGGAAUUUUGAAUUGGCAAAGUUUUUGAAGGAUUUGUAAGAAGUGUUUGAGGGAACUGAUUCAGUGUUAAAAACUACGUCAUUUGCCGCAAACAUUUCUUACAAAUCCUUGAAAACUUAGAAUUUACCUAUGCAAAAUUCCUACUGUGAUCACAGAAACUUUGAACCAGCCUUAACUUAAACUGUACUGGAUAACUGCUGAAGUGCUCUCCCUUGAACGAGCUUGAUCAGGGCAGUCGAGCCGUCACUGCAGGAGGAAACUUAAAUUCAAUCAAAGCUAGCUAUUUAUACUGGAAAGCUGUGUUAUCUCUAAACUGUUCUCUUGGCUAGAUGUCAGUGAGGGUCACGCCUAAUAACGGAAUUUGAAAGAAAUAAAAUUGGUAUCAGACCCUCGUGUUGAAAUGUUACAUGAAGUAGUCACAGAUACAAACAUGACUUUAACUUCAAAAACUCAUUAAUAAUUCAUGAAGCAAUUAUCCAAUCUUGAGUAAGAAAUUAGUCACGUGCAUACGUCUUUAUACCAGCUAAAGAACACUUUAAAAAAAGACCAUUGUUAUGCAAACUAUAGAAAGAUUUUUAUAUAAAGAUUUUUAUAUAAAGAUUUGACUUAUUAUGCAAACGUUUUUGAAGCCAUUUAAAAAACUCGCAGGUCGUGUUUUAAUAGGUCUAAAGCCACUCGCGCUGCGCGCUCGUGGCUUUAAACCUAAUAAAACACUCCUGCUCGUUUAUUAAACAGUACUUAAUGUAUAAAAUUAUUUUUCUAGAAAUCUACUAAACGACUUGAGAAGAAACAUAAAAUAUCCUGACGAGGACACAGCGAAAGACUUGGACACAUUAGACGAAGUUUCUGCCAACUUCGGCGUAAGAAAUAUGGUCAAUUGUCUUGGCUUACUGGACAAUUAUUUUUGCGAGUUGCAGAAGCAACUUGAAAACUGAGAGUCUACUUGAUUUGUGAUCCAGUGUAAGGUAGCACUAUGUGUUAGUGACAGAAUAGUUUUAUAUAUUGUGCUGCAAAGCAGUUGUAAGGUAUAGUGUUGGUAGUGUAAUGUGUAGUUUUAGUACUAUGCCUGAUAGUAUGUACAGAACAAAUGCAAAGCAUAUAGUUUAAAAAUAAGGUAAUAGUUUCCAAAGCACAUAGUGUAUUCAUGGCUUGAGUGCAUGCAUAAUGCAUUCACAAACGUUCAAAUGAUGCAGUGUAGUUGUAAGGCACCAUUUAUCAAGGUAGAUAUGUUUUAUAGAUUUCAAGCAAAUGUUUUAUUAUCCAGAUUUUAUAAUCUCGGGUGAAAUCAGUAAAUAAACUUGUAUUCAUUCAAAACUCUGAUUUUUGUGUCGUUUUUAUGCAAGACCGUGGGUGGUGGUGGGUGGGUGCAAAGGGGGAUUUAUGGGGCAAUUCACACUUCUAUUAUCUAUAUGUACGGUUACCAGCUUUUACUUAAAGUACGAUUAACCCCAAAUACGUUUUUUUGCAUGUGCAAUAUUUUGGGUCAUUUGAAGAAAUGUAAUAUAUCUUUAUAAUAAAAAAUCCCAUCUUGAUCAACUUUUUCACUGUCAAAGUUUCCGGAUAUGAUGUCAUUAGGUGAAUUGCAAAUUAGUUUUCCUUUGUUUUU